CAUUUAAGGCAUGCCAUACAGAGCAGCUGGCGAGCCAGGACAGAUUUGCUCUGUGGCGUUAAAGAUGGUCCAUCAAGGUCUUCCUCCCAGAUUUGUUGCACGUUUUCUUUAAUUCUAAUUAUGCUCUUUUUAAUAACCACACAGUAUUAUUUUUUCUCAUGCUGUAAAUUUGGCCUGUCGUUCUUAAUUUGUGCUUUUGAUAUUUCUUACSUGUGUGUGAAUUUGCACGCUUCCAUUCUGGUGUUUGUGAACCUCAGAGCAGCCUCUGCCAAACCGAACGCGUCUCAGGCGGGACGCUGCAGAUUUGGAUCGACUCAGCAGUGGCUUUUGUGGCGAGUUUAACAUUUGCAUAUUUUACAUUACACUUUGAAUGUUGUUACCCGACUUUGGCAAAGAAGAUGACUUGCAUGGCUGAUGGACGGUGAGCUGCAGCUGCAGUUAGUUUCUGAGGAGGACGCUGACGUGUUGCAGCUUUGCCAAACGUUUCCUGCCAUGAGGUUUGGAUGGUCGCUCUGGUCUGAAACACAUGAAAACCAGCUCAGAUUAACUAACUCCCCCAAUAGACAGAACAUGAAGAACAGUGAUGGACCUUUUACUCUGUCACGAAGUCAGUGCUGCUUUGUCAUGUUGGUUCUGGGAGUUGUGGUUUUUUCCUGCUGCACAAACAUAAGAAACAUGGAACCUGAGUGGAACUUUAAAUGGUUGAUGCUAAAUAAUUGGACAAAACUCUUGACAUUCAGGAAUCAAAGCUUUGUCACAAACAUCUUAUCUGCAUGUCCUCACCUUCAGCACGUCACACCUGAGCCACUGACUCAACGUCUGAUGCUAAAUAACUCAACAAACACCACUGCUGAGCUUCCUGAAGCCACGAGCGUCACCACAACACAGGAGCCACCGACUCGACGGGUCACCAAGGAGACGCUGGAAACCCAAAAUGGCCGACGACGGACAGCGGCUCCUUAUGUGUCUCCUGGACCGUACCUGGUGGAGUAUCCCUAUGAGUACCACUUCACUAUCAACGAGGAACUGAAGUGUAAGCAGGAGAAGCCGUUUGUGGUUCUGAUCGUACAAGUGGCGCCACGCAACCGAGCUCAUCGCGACGUCAUCCGUAGCAGCUGGGGAAGCGAGAAGCUGGUUAACAACCAGGUGGUGGCGCUGUUCUUCCUGCUGGGGAUGCAGACUGGAGACGAUGCAGAGCAGGUCCACCAGCAGCUGCUGCAGGAGAGCAAAGAGCAUCAGGACCUGAUCCAGGGAGACUUUGUGGACUGCUACAAGAACCUGACCAUAAAGACCAUGGUGAUGCUGGAGUGGCUGAACUCCUGCUGCUCCAGCGCCGCUUACGCCAUGAAAAUCGAUUCUGACAUGUUUCUAAAUGUUCCCAAUCUGGUCAACUUGCUCCUCAAAGCUCCCAGGACCAACUACAUGACCGGCCUGGUGGCACACGGAGGACGAGUCUCCAGGGAUCCCAAGUCCAAGUUCUACGUGCCUGUGGAUCUGGUCAGCCAUCGUUUCUACCCUCCCUAUGCUUUGGGUCUGGGCUACAUUUUGUCUUUGGAUCUCACCACAAAGCUCAUUGAGGCUUCCAGACACGUUAGACCUCUUUACAUUGAAGACGCAUAUUUGGGCCUAUGUAUGAGACACCUGGGUAUCAGUCCAACAGAACCACCAAACUGGAACCUCUUCCGUGUUUUGCCUUUGAAAUACAGUCGCUGUGCGUACUCCAAGGUCAUCGCCACCACAGUUCCAGAAAACAUGGAUCGUGUGAAGACUUGGAAAGACUUUAAGAAACCGGGUCGGUACUGUUGAUUAGUAAAACGCAUCCUGUGCUGAUGAUUCUGUUUUCCAUGAAACUUGGAUAUUGUAAAUGGGAAUAAAGAGCUAAUCUUA